AACAAAAACAUUAUCGCUCCCGUGCAAUCGCUUUGUCAGCAGCGAUUUUCAUCGACAUUGUUGUUGCCUCGAAUAAUUUAGUUUAGUGAAAUCCGUGCCAACUGGUUGCGUUCGAAGGAUGGCCCUGUCCAACGUGCUGAUCCUGAGCCAGGUGGCAGGUCACGUGUUUGCCCUCAUCCUGUCGCUGUGCAUUUUCAUUCCACUGUCGGUUCAUGUCCACUCGUUUAGUGGUCACUGUUUGCUGUUUGCCACCGGAACUUGGCAGGAAUCGGACGGACUGUUCGACGUCAGGUGGGCCUCGGAGACCUACUGCAACUAUCCGAUACUGGUUGGAGUGGCCCUGUUUAUCGUGUCCGGAGUGCAGAUCUAUCGAUUGGCCAUUCUGGUUUACCGCGAGCUGGAGAGUUCCUUCCUAGCCCUAUUCUUCGACGUAGUCUUCGGAAUAACCCUCUGCGCAAUGACCAUCGUGGCCGCCAUCAUCAUCACCCUCGGCUUCAUGACCUGGUGCUCGGACAUGACCGAGCGUUUCCCCAGCUGUGACGUCGCCGACGGCCAGAACAUCACCAACGUCGAGCUGAACAUUCAAACGUCCGGUUUCUACAUCGAGAUGGGAACCGCCCAGUUUGGCGCCUGGGCUUCGUUUGCCGUCUGGGUUGGGCUGUCGGUGUUUGCGCUGCUCAAGCUGAUCAACAACCACCAGCUGCGCAACAUGAAGGUCUCGAUGUACAUCGAACGGCAGCGGCUGGUCAACGAGGACGUCUAUCGGGGCACGACUUCGGAGGUGCCGACCGGCGGGGACGUGGAGGGAGGUUCGAUUAGAGGCGUCGGUUCUCCUGGCGAGAAUCCGAUCGACUAAGUUGAUAUUGGAAGAGAUAUAUAAUAUAUGAUAAGAAGAAACAAAAUGCAAAGUGAACAAAACAUUCGCAAAAAAAAUAAUUUUUCUUUAUUUAUUAGAUCUGGAAGUUGAUAAUGCAUGGUUUUUCUUCCAUUACGAUACGCAACUGUGGUGUAAACUUUAAGAGUUGAUGACAAAUUAUGUACUAUGUUUAGAAAAUAAAAAUCCUAGAAAAAAA